AUGGCGUCCCAGCACCACCAGCACCACCAUCAUCACAACCAUCACGACCGACAGCCUGAACUCUCGGACAAACCCAAAGCCUCGUCAUCCGGGCAGCACCCAGAGAUCGGCUACGGCAGCGAUGCGAUCGCAUACCAACUCUCCCAUCUCGACCUCAAAUACAUUGCUCUCGUCCCUGGGUCCUCCUACCGUGGCCUCCAUGACAGCAUCGUGAACUUCUCCAACAAUGCGAACCCAGAAAUGCUCGUCACCCUCCACGAGGAACAUGCCGUCUCCAUCGCCCAUGGCUACGCCAAAAUCACCGGCAAACCCAUGGCUGCUGCUGUACACGCCAAUGUCGGACUUAUGCACGCCACCAUGGCGAUCUACAAUGCCUUUUGUGAUCGCGUGCCGAUACUCGUUUUAGGAGCGACCGGGCCGCUUGAUGCGCAGCGACGAAGGCCCUGGAUCGAUUGGAUCCAUACUGCGCAGGAUCAAGGAGCGCUGGUGAGGCCGUACGUCAAGUUUGAUGAUCAGCCGCAAGGUGCGAAUGCAGCGGUGGAGAGCUUGUUGCACGCGACAGUGGCGGCGGCGAGUAAGCCUUGUGCACCAACUUAUGUCUGCCUUGACCUAGGCCUGCAGGAAGAUGCUGUCGAUGCCGAGUCGUUGAAGUUCCCAAAGACGAGGAGAUAUCUAGAUGCAAUUGAGCCUGCCUCGCCGUCGGUCGAAGAUCUGCUGAAGACGAUCGCAGCGCUGAGCGAGUCGAAGAAGCCUCUUUUCCUCUUUGGUCGAAUGGCCCCUAAAUCAAGGCACUGGGAUGAGAGGAUCCAGCUAGUCGAGAAAUUCGACGGCAGAGUGAUCACAGACCUGAAGCAGACAGCGCCAUUCCCCUACCCUCACCCAUUGCAACCUUCAGCUCCCGCAGUCUUCCUCACGCCUCAGACCUCUGAGAUGAUCCGAGAUGCAGACCUGAUCAUCUCCUUCGACUGGGUCGACCUCGCAGGGAACUUGAAAGCCGCAUGCGGAUCCGCCGAGCCAGAGUGCGACGUGAUCUCCAUCUCGAUGGACAGCGCCCUGCACAACGGCUGGUCUAAAGACCACUUCGCCGUCCCACCGGCAGAUAUCUCCAUCUUCGCCGACGUCGACAAGAGCGUCACGGCCUUGCUCGCCGCCGCGGAAGCGAUAUCCUCUCAGAAAUCCCACUGGCCUGAAGCAAGAGAUCCUGAGCCGCCGUCUAUCCCCAAUCAGCCCUCCUCUUCCAACGACGUCUUCAUGCCGGAUCUCGCGUCUGCUCUCUACUCCACCCUCCCCUCUUCUUCCAUCUCUUUAGUCCGCGUGCCCCUCGGCUGGCGAGGCGUCGAUCUCCAAGCAACGCACCCUUUCGCCUUCAUGGGCAUGGAUGGCGGAGCAGGUAUCGCGUCCGGGCCCGGCCAAGUCGUCGGCACAUCCCUCGCACUGCACUCUCAGAACUCCCCCCUCACCGCAGUCGCCAUCCUCGGCGACGGCGAGUAUCUCAUGGGCUCCUCCGCGUUAUGGACCGCCGCGCGCUACAAACUCCCCCUCUUGGUCAUCGUCGCGAACAACGGCUCGUACUUCAACGAUGAAGUCCAUCAGGAACGCGUCGCGAAGCAUCGAGGGAGGGAGGUGGACAACAAGUGGAUUGGGAUGCGCUUGGAGGAUCCGCAGCCGGACUUGCAGAAGAUCGCGGAGGGGUUGGGGUGUACGGUGGUGCGGCCACGACAGGUGCGCGAGAAGAGCGAGCUGGCGGCGGCGAUGGCGGAUGCGGCGAGGGAGGUGCGUGAGAAUAACAAGGCGGUGGUAUUGGACGUGCGAGUCCUGCCGGAGGGAUACUCGAGUGCGAUGAGCGAGAAGGCGAGGUAG